AGAGAGCAAGCCAAACCUCCGGUCAGAGAGGAAAAAAAAUGGGUUCCCUGCUUCUGAAAGCCCUGUGAUGUGGCGAGAGUUCUUUAUCUCAGAAGCAGCAGGAAGCAGUUUUCUCGGGUUAGGAUUUAGGGGCCUGGCACUUGGCUAAACUGGUCACAUGUCACCCCUUUAGUUGAACAGCUGGAAGGCACAGUGCCAGAGGUGACUUUCUAGCGGGGCCGGGCACAGAGAAGGAGCGAGCCACCUACAUACGCACCUACCAUUUUAGCCCAUUGUGUGGGUACCUCUGUGAGAGUGGUUGAUCCCUGACGUGUAGAAUGUUUUUGAAUUGCUAAUAGUUUCUAGUCCUGGAGGUUCCUACUGUUCUGCAUCUUGGUCUCAGGUCCUUGUGGAACAGCACCCAGCUGUACCAGACAACUGGCACUAUCUUUGUCACAAAACCCUUCCUUCCGCAGAAGACACAGUGAUAACCUUUGCCAGGCUCCUCAUCCACACUCAGGUCAUAAAAACCCUUCCUUGCUCCAACCUGUGUGGCAGGGUUGGUUUGUGUGUUGGAAGUCAGUUUCCUCUUGUGAUCCUGUUGGUAAAGACAGUGCUUGUGGUAUCUGCUCCAACCGAAGGAAGGGCUCCUGGCAGGGUAUCUUAGCCCCCACCUCCGAUUCUUUCCCCCAUCAGAAGGGACUGGUGAUGGCAGGAAUCCUCACUAGGCUAGAGGAGGACACAUCUGGUUUGCUGGUUGCCUAAGUGCUAAGUGCUCAUGGGUCCCUCGUUGUACGCGGUGGUAUUCUAGAAAGUCCUUCUGGCACAUCCGUGUGUACAUCUUUCUUUGUGUAUUUUUAUCUCUGCCCGGAAAGUCCCUAGCAUCCUUUCUUCCUUGAUACUGUCCUCUGUUGUCCGACCCAACAAACCUCUGAGAAAAUGCUCCGGCCGUCAUUAUCUCUAGACCCACAGCGCCACCUAGUGGCGUAAGCUCCCCUUAGCCUGGUGGGAUUGUUGUUCCUCCUUUCUUUCUGGCUCCGCGUCUCCACUGACCAGAACCACUUUUCUCCUUUACAGGUGGCUAUGAGAGGUUUUCUUCUGAAUACCCAGAAUUCUGCUCUAAAACCAAGGCCCUGGCCGCCAUCCCACCCCCUGUACCUCCCAGCACCAAUGAGUCCUUGGACCUGGGCUGCAGCUCCUGUGGAACCCCGCUGCACGACCAGGGGGGCCCCGUGGAAAUCCUCCCUUUCCUCUACCUCGGCAGUGCCUACCAUGCUGCCCGCAGGGACAUGUUGGAUGCCCUGGGGAUCACGGCCCUCCUGAAUGUCUCUUCAGACUGUCCCAAUCACUUUGAGGGUCAUUACCAGUACAAGUGCAUCCCCGUCGAAGACAACCACAAGGCCGACAUCAGCUCCUGGUUCAUGGAAGCCAUCGAGUACAUCGACGCAGUAAAGGACUGUCGAGGGCGAGUGCUGGUUCACUGCCAGGCCGGCAUCUCCCGAUCAGCCACCAUCUGCCUGGCCUACCUGAUGAUGAAGAAGCGGGUGAGGCUGGAGGAGGCUUUUGAGUUCGUCAAGCAGCGCCGAAGCAUCAUCUCGCCCAACUUCAGCUUCAUGGGCCAGUUGCUGCAGUUUGAGUCUCAGGUGCUCACCACGUCCUGCGCCGCCGAGGCUGCCAGCCCUUCUGGGCCCCUUCGGGAGAGGGGAAAGGCCACCCCGACCCCCACCUCGCAGUUCGUCUUCAGCUUCCCUGUGUCUGUGGGCGUGCACGCGGCCCCCAGUAACCUGCCGUACCUGCACAGCCCCAUCACCACCUCCCCCAGCUGUUAGGACUCGUCUCUGGACCCCAAAUCCAGAGUCGGCCCCCAGCCAGUUGCCAGCCACCUGUGAACAGCAAAUAGGGACUGACCAGUGGGGGAUCAGGUGACCAGGCUCCGUCUCCAUUUCUCCUUGGCCAACCACAGGGCCAGCUAGGAUGGCAAUAACGACUUUGAAUACACAUUAAAAACAAACACAACUAAACACUCUAACAUAAGCAAUAACGGCGGUUUCCGCUGCCAGAGAAGACUUGGUUUCUGUGUCAGUUUUUACUUUGCAGGUAGAAAUUUACCUCAUUAUUAUUAUUAUUAAAAAAGCAAUCAAGCUUGAAAGUUAUGAAACCCCACAGAUCCUGGCAAAUGUGCGCAACCAAUUUUUAUUGAGUGGAGAGGGAAAGGAAAGAGGAGAAAAAAUGAGUUUGCCAGGAAAGUGCCUGGUUCUGUGUGUGUCUGUUCUCCUGUUGUUGAACUCACAGGAAUUUUGUUCUAGAUCCUUCUAGGCCACAGUAUUAUACUUAGUCGUCAACUGGAUAAUCACUUACUGUUUAAUGCAUAUUGAGAACCUCAGCAUGUGUGUGCAGGAGUCUAGUGACUCUGGGAGAUAUUUCUGUUGAGGUCACACAGUCGAGCAGAGAAACACACAGGUGUGUGAGCAGUGAGAGGAGCGUCGGGUAGGUGGUCACCAUGGUUACCAUCAGACGCAGGGUGACAUGCAAGGAAAAAGGUUUAUGGUUGGUCACUUUUGCAGCUGGCCCCUGGGCCCACUGACCCAGCCACGUGAGAUUUUUCUCUCCAGCGGUCUGUUUGGCUGGGGAUAGAGUGGUUUCUUCCCACUUGGCCUAGGAUCUGGCUAUUGGUCUGUGGUAAACGCCAUCUUUACCAAGGUGCUCCUGGAAAACUGGGUGCCGUUCAGAUUUUCCUGCCGUGAAUCAUUUGGUAAGGCCAGAUCAGAACCAGAUCACUGAAGAUGAACUAAAAAUGAAUCUCCCUCUCGCGGAUACAUUGGGUGUUUCAGAUUUAGCAGUUUACUUGAAGUAUACAUACCAAGAAAUUCUUGUUACAAAAUCUGGUGAAUACUCUGAAACGCCCUCCCUCUUUUGAAUAAAAAGAUACGCAUAUGCCUGACUUGGGCCUCCUAAAAGUCUGGAAAGGUGAGAGAAAAGAGGGUGUGGGGCCGGAUGCCAGCUCCUGUUUUACUGAUAUAGGGUGACUUAGGAGCCAUGCUGGGUUCCAACUGGGCCAACACCAUUUUAAAGGAGCCUUUCCAAGUGGAGGAAUGGCUUUGGAGGAAUAAGUGUGUUUUCUAGGGGGAAUGUGAGGGGUAGGGGAGGGAACCUGUUUUAUCUGUAGUAUUGGGGGACAAGUUUUGUGAUGGUGUGUCAGAUUAGAGGUCACUGCAGACUUGGCAGAAAUUAGCAUGGUCCCCGUGCCCUCCUCCCCCACACCUUGAGCAGACAUGUAACCAAGCCUCCAUGUCACGUGGUGACAUCCAGAACCCCCAGACAAGCCUGGGUUCAUGGCUUUUCCUUCCAUGAAAUGUGAACCUGUGUUGGUAGAACUUGGAUUGAGUGGCCUGUGCCAAAUUCUGCCUUUAGGUGAGAAGUGAGGGGUGCCCUGCUCGCUUCCCCUACUGUCCGAAGGCUUGGCUGAAGGCAUAGCGGGUCCGAGCUUCCCCGAUGGCGGACUGCCUUUGCUUAGUUGGAUGGUCCCAUAUUUUUACCCCCACUGCCUUCCUGGCAGCUGUUUCAUGUUUGGUGAAGAAUUAGAUUAAAUGAGCUCUGUAGCUAGUCGAGUCCUGGGCUCUGAGAAUGUUGAGGGCAUCUGGAGAGCAGAUAGCUUGUAGACUACAUUCACUUUCUAGAUGAGUGUUUGCCAAAUGUGUCCUAGUUCCCAGACUGGAUCCCAACGACACAGGCAUUGGGAGCUCCAAAUGUCCCUCCCCUGCUUCCUAAUUCAAACCUCCUAUGACAGUGUCAAGGGGCUAUUUAUAAAGUCAUUUUCUUUGUACUUGAUAACAGCAUGAGAUCCAAAACGCUUAGAAAGUAGGACAUUGGUUUGAUUGGAAAAAAAGGGGGGGGGGCGGGGGGUACACCUUAAAGCUCUCCAGAAGUUUCUGCAAUAGCGUUAGUUGAAGAUCCUGCCAUUCCUCAUGGUUAGUUAGUUUCAAAAGACAGUAUCCCAUCCGUGAGCUGAUUUCUGGUGAUGGGAAGUUUUGGAAUGUCAGAAGGCUGUUGAGUAUCUGCCCGAGAGUGAGGGACACUCAGUUCUCCCUGGGGAUCUUGGCUCCAUCAUCCAUAUAGUGUUUGUGAGACUGAGGGCUGAAGCACAGGCGAGCAGGUAGCUAGCAGCAGCUCUCCGCUCCAUUCGCCCCUGAGACCUUGUGCCCUGGUUCUUGGCUUCUGGGAAAGCCAUGGGAAGGGAUUAAAAGUCCUUGGGAAGAUUUGAUAGUUACUCCCAAGGGGAAGGGGACUGGGCAAUGGCCAAGAAAGCCUGUGGCAAUAAUAACAAUAGUUCAUAUGGGUUCAUCCUAUCACCUAAGGUAGCCUUUAAUCUCCUCAUAGCUAGGUGACCCUUGACCAAAUAAACCAGGACUUGUGUGGGUAGGACCUGGAUGCCAAUAUGUUACAGUGUUCCUAUGGGCUGUCACUGGUACGGCCAAGUCCUGGAGAUGCCAUUGCGUCACUAUGGUGAAAGGCGGGUCUUCUUAGCACACAGCUAGCUUGUGACACAGACGUUUCCAGUAGGGCUUUGUAAUGGUGUCAGUGUGGUCUUGCUCUCCACAAGCCAGCUGAGGGAUGAGGUGGUUUCUGUGAGGCCUCUGAGAACCAGUUUUGUGGAGCAUUGUGAGUGAGCUCAAUAUAGUGUCUGGGUGUUGAUGUUAUUUCCUUAAAUUUUGUCUGCAAGAAAGAUAGAGAAAGUAUGUGUCUGUUUUGAAGUCCUCCUUCUAGUGCCCCACCCCUUCCUUAGAGUUCACAAAUCAUUCAAGGGACUUCAGUAAGAUAACAAUGCAAUACUUGUAACUUGUGUAAAUAGCCCCAUCUUUCUGAGUGGUGUCAUUUCUACAUUUGAUAUGCUUGUAUUUCUGUAGGAUGUACAUUUUUUUUAGAAGAGUCAACCAUGUCUGUUUUUAUUUAUUGCUUGAAAAAAGAUCAUUUGAAGAAAAAUAAAUACAUUUUCAACCA